GCUGAUUGUGAUGAGCAGGUUGUGGAAAAAGUUAGCAAACAAAAACAAAUGUCCUCGCUGGUUCUCUUGCUGUUCACGGGCGACAGUAACGGCAGUGCAGCGUUUGAGGUGGUUUGAGCCUAAUAGAGUUCACCAGCAGUAAACCAUGGCUUGUCCAUUUUCGCGACAUGCCCCAUCAGAAAUGCUCCAUCGCCAGCACUCGAUUGCCGAAGGAUCAGGAUGGAACCUGGACGAAGAUUUGAGUGAAAUUCUGGACGAUGCACUCACCCUGACCCACCUGAACGGAGCUAUCCAGCUGUUAACGGCACCCUCGAACGAGGAUGUGUACGAGGCACUCAUGUCGUUGAUUGAUAAACAUCGCAACAGGUGGCCCGCUCUGGACAAGUUGAAAACAGAUCGCAAUGCACUGCAUAUCUAUCCACAUUACGACUAUUUGGCGGAUGUGCAGGACACUUUGAAUCAAAUUGAUGAGUCAUCUGCCAGCGAGAUUCUGAUCCUGCUGGGCAACGAGCUCAUACACACGGCCUGCGUCGGCAUAAUCGAGCGGGCAUUCAAGUGUUUGGGUUCCAAUUUGCAGGAAUUCCUCGGAUCGCUGGAUGGCGUGUAUGACGUACUCAAACUACAAGAGGAGGAUAUCUCCGAUACGGGAUUCGUUUGUGCUGGAGAAGGCGAGCUGAUUUUCACUUCGGAGCGACCGGUCCUGGCAUGGCUUUUGUUGGGAUGUUUGCAAGCGUUGAGUCGUUUACUUUUCCACUACGAAUCUCCAAUUGAAAUGGAACCGUUGGAUGGAGACGUGCCUCGGUAUCGAUAUCUAUUCAAUGUUGAAGAUUUUGAGGAACAGGUCGUUCCCAUUGUAACUGACAGUCGGGGAGUAUUGCGUGAGAGCGUAUCGUCUGAUGUGAAGGAUCUCAAAAUGGACAAUGAUUUCUUCUGCAAGGCCUUUCCUUGGCAUUUUAUAAUGGAUGAAAACCUAGAUUUGGUUCAGGUUGGACAAGGAUUCAGUCGGUUGUUCAAGAACUACAUGGCAACUAGUGGACAAUCGGCGUGCACCUAUUUCCGCUUCAAACGUCCUCGUGGACUUUCGCUAAGCUUCCGGGAGAUUGUCCGUCGUACGAAUACUCCAUUCAUGAUCUCCUUGCGUGCUCCUCCAGGUCGUCCAGAUUUCUUCGCGAAAGGCUUGGAAAUCAAAGGCCAAAUGGUUUUCUGCCCGGAAUCGAAUUCGCUUCUCUUCGUUGGGUCUCCUUUCCUCGAUGGCUUGGAAGGGCUAACCUGCAAUGGUCUUUUCAUAUCCGACAUUCCACUACAUGAUGCAACUAGGGAGGUGAUUUUGGUUGGCGAACAGGCUCGAGCCCAGGAUGGGCUUCGCCGUCGAAUGGAUAAAUUGAAAAGUUCCAUCGAAGAAGCAAAUGCGGCGGUUACGAAAGAGCGUAAGAAGAACGUAAAUUUGUUGCAGCUGAUGUUUCCGGAAGACAUCGCUGAGAGACUCUGGCUUGGAGCACAGAUUGAUGCUAAAACGUAUUCGGAUGUAACAAUGCUGUUCAGCGACAUAGUGGGAUUCACCAGUAUCUGCUCUAGGGCGACCCCGUUCAUGGUUAUUAACAUGCUAGAAUGCUUGUAUAAGCAUUUCGACGAGCUUUGUGGAUUUUUCGACGUUUAUAAAGUAGAAACGAUUGGGGAUGCUUAUUGCGUUGCCAGUGGAUUGCAUCGAGCUGGUAUUUACGAUGCCCAUAAGGUGGCAUGGAUGGCACUAAGGAUGAUAGAGACUUGUUCGUUGUACAACACCCAUGAUGGACAACAUAUCAGGAUGCGUAUUGGUAUUCACACCGGAACGGUCCUAACCGGAGUGGUCGGUCGUAAAAUGCCUCGUUACUGCCUGUUUGGGCACAAUGUGACCAUUGCUAACAAGUUCGAAUCGGGAAGCGAGGCCUGCAAAGUUAAUUGUAGCCCCACGACCAAAGAUUGGCUUAUUAAACAUCCAGGAUACAACUUCCAGCUGCAGCCAAGAGAUCCUUCGUGCAUGCCGAAGGAGUUUAGUGAGGCCAAGGGGUUGCCAUGCUAUUUUCUUGAGGGUUAUAAGCAUCCGACGGUAGAAGACGAUGCGCCUCUGCAAGAGCAUAUUGAAGAAGCAAUGAAGCAGACACUUCAGGAUGUCGACGACAUAAUUGUUUUCGAAGCAAAUAAUUGAAUGAAGGAAUUGAAUUGGAUCGAUUUUAGAUAUUGGUAUGAGCAGCUUUAUGUUGUCAAAAUAAUGUAGCAAAUGUAGACUAUCUAUAUGUGUCAAAUAUAACCGCUAGCAAUUUUCUUCAUUGAAAACUCAAUGUUCUGUUUGUAUGUGUACACCAAAUAGAGGUAAUAAAUUAUAAAGGAAGAUUGUCGCUGCCUUCACAGA